AUGCUCCCUCCCGUUCGCCACAUCAUCCACGCCGACCUGGACGCCUUCUACGCCGCCGUGGAGCAGCUUGAUAACCCGGAGCUACGCGGGUUGCCGGUGCUGGUGGGUGGUAGGCCGGAGGGUCGCGGCGUGGUGGCUACGGCGUCGUAUGAGGCGCGGCGGUUUGGCGUGCACUCGGCGAUGCCUAUGGCCACCGCUGUUCGCCAGUGUCCGGAUGGUAUCAUCGUCCGGCCCCGCUUCGACCGCUACCGCGAGAUGUCCGGCUUGGUGAUGGACAUCUUCCGCGACGUUACCGAGGUGAUCCAGCCCGUGUCCCUGGACGAGGCCUACCUCGAUGUCACCGAGGCCGCCGCGAACCGCUCGCCCAUUGCCAUCGCCAUCGAUAUUAAGGAGCGUGUUUCCGCCGAGACCGGCCUCACCGUCUCCGUGGGCCUGGGCUCCGGCAAGACCGUCGCCAAGAUCGCGUCGGACCUCCAGAAGCCCGACGGCCUCGUCGUUGUACCUACCGGCCAGGAGGCCGACUUUCUGGCUCCCCUGGCCGUGGGCAAGUUGGUGGGCGUGGGCCCCAAGUCCGCCGCGCGCCUCCACGACGAGGGCGUGGACACCAUCGGCCAGCUGGCCACCAUGCCCGAAGCCUGGUUCGCCCGCCACUUCGGCAAGCGCGGCGACAGCAUCCGCGACCGCGCCCGGGGCAUAGACCACGACCCGGUGCAGACCUCCCGCGAGGCCAAGUCCAUCAGCGCCGAGACCACUUUCGCCGAGGACCUUCCCGGCAACUCGGAGGACGAGCGCGCCGAGCUUCGGGCCAUCGUGGAGCGGCUGUCGGGACGGGUUGCCCGCUCCCUGCCCGGCAAGGGCCUGGUGGGCCGCACCGUCACCGUCAAGCUGCGCCUCUCCGACUUCACCACCUUCACCCGUCAGACCACGCUGCCGUCACCCACCGACGACGAAGCGGCCAUCGUCGCCACCGCAUGGAUGCUGCUGGAACGAGAGCUGGCUCCCGACCGCGCCUUUCGCCUCCUGGGCGUGGGCGUCUCCGGCUUCACCCAAAAGGAGGGCCCCGACGAAACGCCGGAGCCCGUGGUCGCCCAGCAACGGCUGAUCCUCUAG